AUGGCUGAAGAACUGAAAGUUGCUGGAAACAAACUAUUCGUCGCCAAUAAAUACCAGGAGGCGAUUGAGAAAUACUCUGCUGCAAUCACACUGAGUUGGUUUCACUUUUGCAAGUUACUUCUGAAUGAGCUUCUUGCCUUGCAUUCCAGGAUGGAAGAAGGCUUGGUAGAUGCGAAGAAGUCGACUCAACUGGAUCACCAUUACUCUAAAGGCUGGUUUCGUCGCGGUGUUUGCGAGGAUGCUCUGGGAAAUAUACCCGAAAGCAUCGAAUCCUAUGAAACUGCACUGAAAACCGCAACGACGACUACACAAAAGUCUCAAAUUGAAGCUGCCAUUUCCAAGGUUCAGGAAAAAAUAUUAGACCCACGCUACCUCUCCGUUGACUUGCUCUAUGCGAUUGCCCGAGCGCAUGACAUGGCUCUUCCCGCUGGCUCACCCACUCGAGAUAUCUUGCGCCAGACUGUGACUGAGCAUCCCCUGUUCGGGGAGGAACCCAAGCUUCGUUUGCUCUUCAUACCGCAAUCCGAGACAGAAGAUGUCCGGCAGAUUGAGCUUGUUCGUGACCAGGACAUCGAACAAAAAAUUGCUCAACUACUUGGGUGCGAAUUGGUCGAUGCUGUCAUGCUGCAUUCGCAAGGACAGAUUGCCAAGGCGAAGAAUCAAGAUGUUGGUAUUGGUCGACUGCACGAGAGCUACGAACUAUGGAUGGACGAUAUGGCGGUCUAUAACCGUCCACUGAACGAACGUGCAUCACGGUUGUUGCAUCGCCCCCAAACCCAUGGCCCUGUUCUGCUUCAGAAGACAACUAUGAUGAGACGGGACAAGAGCCCUCUAGCGAACUCGGGAGAGAUUAUUUCAUUCGAACGGGUGACAGAAGACGAGUUGAACAGUGAUGAUUACAAGAAACGUCGCGAGGAGUGGUUGCAUUAUCAGGGCACUGCUGACACAUCUAUGUUCACCGUUGUAUUGUAG